UUCGCUAGACAACGAUCAGAACCAUACAAAUUCGAAAUGUCACCAUACUUGAAAUUAUUGUUUUAUUUGUCGGGUAUAAGUUUUGCUGUCAGUUUUGAAAUUGAUUACAGCAAUCCUGAUGUCGUCGAAUAUGACAGUAACUCUCAGAUAGAAAAAACUGAGAAAGUUGAUCUGAGAGUGUAUUACUGUAGCUUUUGCGGUGGCUGCGUCUACUUUCAUACAAAACAACUUGACCCAACUUUAAAGAAAAUUGGAUCUUACAUAGAUCUCAAAAAUUAUCCUUAUGGAUUAACUACGAGAUACAAAAAGCAUGGCAAGAUUUAUUUUGACUGCGCACAUGGCCCAGCGGAGUGUCACGGCAACAAGCUGCACGCAUGCGCUAUCGAUAUACUGAAGAACACCACCCAGUCCGAAUUCUACAACUCUUGCAUGAUGAAUUCUACAUGGGGAGGUGAGGGAUCAUCUGAUAAAGACGCUAUCAAUUGCGGAAAAUUAAUGAGAAUAGACUCGAAGCCUAUCAUUGAAUGUGCUAAUAGUGAAAGAGGCGAUGCUAUAAUGGAAUAUUACGGCAUAGAAACUGAUAAGGUAACAAACCCAAAGAAUAAGCACAUGCCUUUAAUAUUGCUGAACGGAAAGGAGUUUAACAGAGCCAAGGAUCUAAUGAAGACAAUCUGCCAAACUUUGACUAAGCCGCCACCGGAGUGCAAAUCAUAUUUUUAA